AUGUAAAAGACUUGAAAAAUUAGAAUAUAAAAGACCUUUUUUACUCUAUUUUCCUUGAUUUGUUAAGAAAAAAAAAACCUAUAUUAUAAUAAUUGGCUUUAGAUUGUAUAUUUAAGUACGAAUAGACUGAAUUGCAUAAAUAUAUGAAAAAUUUAUAGGCUUUAGUUAAAAAAGAUGGAUUAAAAAAGGAGCUUUUGACAUUUAAAACUCUAGAAGAUUCUCAUAGAAAAGUUUUAAUUUCAAUAAUUAUGGGGAUAGUCUACCCAAGUUUAUUUUCGAAAAAAGGGAGCGAAAAAAAGUCGAAAAAACAUGGGGAAAAUCAACGAAAUUCUUUAUUUUAAUUCUUCGCGAGUCUAUAAGAAAAUGAAAUGGGAAAUUUAGUGAGUUUUGUUUUUUAGAAUUACCAUAUUCCUGGUUAUUCUAAUAUUAGAAUAUGUUUGGAAAAUGAAAAAGAAUUAGUAAAUGUACAUUUAAAUUAAAUUGAGGAAUUUAAUAUUAAUAUUAAGAAUAUUGUAAGUAAAUUAGGUGUUUUUAUAUAGCCUUUUCUUAAAUAAAUUCUUAAUUAUAUUUUAUCUUUAAUUAGUGUUUGUUCGAAAAUUAAAAAAUAAUUAAAAGGGGAUAAUAAUAAUAAUAAUAAUUAGAAAUCAACUUCUUCUUCUUAAAUAAAAAAGAGAAUUAAAACUCUUGAAAAAUAAGCUUUAGAAAGAUAUUGUUAAAUAUGUAAAUAAUUCGGAAAUACAAUUGAAAUGGAGGAUUUCGUGACUAUUUUUUUAAAUAUUAUGAAUGAAAAAAUUAAUAAUUUAAAGGAAAUUACAGUUACUAGUAUGCCUUGUAUUUUGAAAGUAUUCUAAAGUUGGGGUGAGGAUGAAUCUUUCCAUUAUAUUUUUUAAGAAAAUACUUUUAUUUUUGAAACCUUAAUAUCUUUAUAUUCCCGAGAAAAGUUAAAUGUGAAAAUAAUAUAGAUUUUACAUAAGAUUUUCUUUAAUAUUUUAUAUAUUAAUGAAGAUGAAAAAAAUAUAGACUAAGAGGAAGAUGAUAUGGAU